AUGGCUACUCAAGGGGAAGUGGAUGUGUAUAUUGCACAGCUAUUGAAUUGUGAGCUCAUUGGUGAACUUGAAGUGAAGAAACUGUGCGAAAAGGCGAAGGAAAUUCUAUUGGGAGAGAAGAACGUGAAGCGAGUGCAUGCACCAGUUACUGUGUGUGGAGAUAUUCACGGGCAGUUCUAUGACUUAAAGGAAUUAUUUGAAAUUGGGGGUUUUAUCCCUAUUAUGAAUUACCUGUUUAUGGGAGAUUAUGUCGAUCGCGGAUUUUACAGUGUAGAAAGUUUUCUGCUCCUUUUAUCAUUGAAAGUCAGGUACCCUGAUCGAAUAACUUUAAUUAGAGGAAAUCACGAAUCCAGACAAAUAACCCAAGUGUAUGGAUUCUACGACGAAUGUUUGAGAAAGUACGGCGGAAUCACGGUGUGGAAAUAUUGCACAGAUGUUUUCGACUAUUUGAGCCUUUGUGCUGUGAUUGACGGGAAAGUAUUUUGUGUCCAUGGUGGGUUAUCUCCUGCAGUGGAAACUAUAGAUCAAAUAAAUUGUAUAAUGAAAGUGCAAGACAUUCCAACUGAAGGUGCCAUGUGUGACUUACUAUGGUCAGAUCCCGAUGACAUUCAAGGAUGGGGAGUAAACUCCCGAGGUGCUGGGUAUUUGUAUGGAGGGGACGUCGCACAUCGUUUCAGUCAAUCGAACGGGAUCGAUUUGAUCUGUAGAUCGCACCAGUUGGCGAUGGAAGGAAUUAAAUGGCAUUUCAAUAAUUUAGUGUGCACAGUAUGGUCAGCACCGAACUAUUGCUAUAGAUGUGGCAACGUUGCGGCUAUCUUGGAACUUGACGAAUAUCUACAGCGACAGUUUACCAUUUUUGAUGCCGCCCCUUGUCAAAGUAGAGAAGUAGCCGAGAUCAAGAACCUACCUGAUUAUUUUCUCUAA